GAUGUCAUCGGGAUGGUUGCCUCUAACAGGAUCACACUAACACGCUGUUGUUGCCAUGGAAGUGCGUCGAAGAAGCAAUGCGGAAACCAAGGUCGAGCUCCCAGGUUCUCACUCGGUGCUGCAGCAACGCUUGCGGAGCGUCUCUCAGGAGUCUGAUGAGCUAUUGAUGUAUGCUGCCGACGUGCAGGAACGUGAAAAGUCUCCGAUCCAUGAGGCAUAUGCGGAGGGCCAGACCAUCUCCGCAAAGGUCAUGGGUUUCCAUGACGACUUGGAGUCCUGGGGUUAUCGGAACUUUCCCGUCAUCACUGAUCACUUCAACUUCCUGGUCUACGGGGUGGAUCUUGCAGUGCGCAGCAUCAGGUGGUUCCAGUUCGGCUUCGCGGCAUGUUGGCUGGGCUUCCGCCUUUGCCUUUACGCCGUCAUGUUACUGCCGGCCUUUGUUCGCAUUAUGCUUACCUAUUAUCAUGAUCCACGAAUUCACCGGCGAAUUCGCUAUGGUCCUGCUGAGCGGGAGUAUUUGGAUAUCUACGUUCCCAAGGAAGCACUGGAGAAGGGCGCAAAAGUCCCGGUGGUGAUCGCUGUGAUGGGUGGCGCUUUCAUCAUUGGGCACCGUGGCUACAACGCGCAGCUGGGGCUUCGGCUGAUGGAGUUUGGCAUCAUAACGGUUGGAGUCGACUACCGCAAUUUUCCAAGGGGGUGCAUCCCAGACAUGGUGGAGGAUGUUAGCCGUGGUGUCCGCUGGGUUUUCCAAAACAUAGAGCGCUACGGUGGCGACAUCUCGAAUGUGAUGCUCAUGGGUCAAAGCGCCGGGGCGCACCUGGCCGCUAUGCUUUUGCUGGAGCACAGUUUGUUGGAGGCAAAGCACAUCGCUGAUGGGAAGGACUUCAACGACAACUGGUCUGUGAAGGACUUGCAAGCUUUCCUGGGCAUCUCAGGACCAUACCAUUUGGAGAAGCUGGGCCCCCACUUGUCUUCCCGAGGGCUUUACCCAGGCAUCAUGACCCACAUGACCGCUGGGGAUUUGCCGGGCUGUUCCCCAGAAGCGCUGCUGCAAAACAAGGAGUGGAAGGCCGUUGGAAAAGCUGCAGCUAGCCAGCUGCCUCCCUUGCAUUUGUUCCAUGGAGAUUGUGACAAGGCUGUGCCUGUGUGGUCCUCGGAGCAAUUUGCCGCCGCGCUGAAAGAUGCGGGUGCAAAAGUGGUUUUGGAUGUGCGCAAGGGCAUGACGCAUACCUACCCUGUGGUCGAAGGUCCUAUGAGGCGACAUGAUCCACAGGUUGAGUUGGUUCUGCCCAUGAUGCUGGGCACGGGGGCAGAGAAGCGGAUCGCCGAAGAGAAGCAGCUGCCUCCCAUGGCCCCGUUGCGCAUGCUGGACUUGGCCGGCAUCAUCUCUCCCUUCUGACUGAGACGAUUUCAUAGGCGUGGUGGCGAAGGCAAGAUGGAGUAGUCUUCCUUCGCUUCGUUCUUCGAAACUUCCUUCUAUCUCCUUUAUGAUUUGUUCAUGAACUUUCAGACCCCCUCGUUGAUCUUUAGUGCUAUGCAAUCCUCG